AUGCUCAGUAACUGCGAGAAAAUCGAGCGAGUCACUGGGGGCAGGUAUCAGAUCACACCUGAUACCCGAAAGCAGGGAUCACAGCAGACCCCAGAGCAGGGUCAUGCAGCCGCGACAGGGAAAAAUAAGGUCACCGGAAAAGAGACUCUCAAGGUAUCCCUCGAAAAAGUUUCUCCGAAACCGGGUGUUGCUAAAACACCUGUAAACCAAAGCAAGCUGAGCUAUGCAUCAGUUGCUGCCUCAACUCCUUUGAGGACGAAACAGUUGGUACCCGCGAGACCAAAACUCGUGAAGAAGAUCGGAACUAAGGCGGGAUCCCGCAAACAGCCAAAAGCUGGUGUGAAACCGACGGUUCAGAGAGCAAAGGGCCCCACUGUUAUGUUCAAUAGGAAUCCAAUUCCAGUUCCAAUGGUUCCAAUUAAGGCACUUAAGACGGUAGGGCGACCGUUCAGCGUCACACCCGAAGCAGAUAGCAAUACGCGUGGAGUGACUGGGGUAAAAACGAUCCCUAAGAAAGCAUUACCUACUCCGGCUAAAGUCGCUGAUAAGACGCUGAUACCGAUCGCGACCUCUAGGUACGGACCCGCAGAGGGAGACAGUUCGAAACGAAGAAAUCGGCUGCGGUCAAACGGUCGAAAAGAACUCGAAGCUCCGGAAGACCAUGUUUCCAACUGGAGCAAGAAUCUGGACGCUCGAUAG